AUGACAAAUGAAGUACAAGAACUAUUUCAAGCAAAACCUUUCUAUUGUUCUAUUAUGUUUGAUGGAAGCACAGACAAAACUCUGGCUGAGAAAGAAGUAAUUAGCAUCAAAUUACUACAGAACGGCAAACCAACAAUUAAGGUUUUAGGAAUAUGUGAACCAGAGAGUGGUGAAGCAGAUGAUAUAAAGGAAGCCAUAGAUAGAAAGUGUUUGGACAUGAAGCUGGAUCUCUCCUCCUCGUGUGUCGCAGUUGCAGCAGAUGGAGCUUCCGUUAACUUUGGGGCCAAAGGAGGGGUUUUAAAGAAGCUGCAGAAUGAGAUGCCUUGGAUAAAAAUGAUACACUGCUUGGCUCAUCGACUGGAAUUGGCUUUGUCAGAUGCUUUCAAGGAAACCUAUUACAAAGACACAGUGGAUGACUUGAUGAUGCACCUUUAUUAUAUGUACAGACGAUCAGCCAAGAAAUGGAAAGAACUGGAGCGCUUAUCCGAGUCGAUGAAUGAAAAUAUUGUCAAGCCAAGCAGGUCACAGGGCACUCGUUGGAUCGAUCAUCGCCGGAAAGCAUUAAAAGCACUUGAACGUGACUACACCUGCUUGGUGUGCCAGUUCGAAGACAUGGCGUCUGGGCAAAGAAAGGAUAUCAAACCAGCAGAUCAAGCAAAAAUGAAUGGCUAUCUAAAAAUCUUUAAAUCACACAAAUUCAUUUUGCAUGUUGCUGCAUACCAAGAUUUGGUAGAAGACUUAGCUUCACUCUCUCUCUGUCUGCAACAAGAUGAUUUGGCAGUUUCAAAUGUAAGGACCAGGAUUGAAGCUGUUUGUCUAUCUCUGAAAGCAAAACAAACCCAAUAUGGAAGACAGCUGCGCAAUGUAAUCAGUCAGACAACUGAAGAGAAUCAACACACAUUCCGAGGUGUGACGCUAUCAUCAGGUGCUAACACCAUGACAGACUUUGCAAAACAUCAUACCAAGUUAAUUCUCAACAUCAUUGAGUGUAUUGAAUCUCGAUUCGCUACAUUUAUUCAAGACAACAUAUUGAUGGCAGCUGACAUAUUUGAUCCAGCCAACUUGCCAACUGAACAGGGAGAUCUUGCCACAUAUGGGAACCACGAUGUGGAUUCACUGAUUGACCACUUUGAACAUAUCCUGUCUUCUCAAUGUGAUGCCAAUGCGGUACAUGGGGAAUGGAUGAUGCUGAAGUUGGAUCUCUCAAAACAUCACAAGACCAUGACAUAUGCAGCAAUCUGGGAAAAAAUGUUCACUGAAAAACAAAAUCUGUAUCCAAACAUCCUCCAACUUGUACAAAUCGUUCUGGUCUUGCCCGUCUCUACCUCUCAAGUUGAAAGGCAAUUCUCCUGCAUAAAGAGAAUACUGGGAGACUGGCGACUCAAUUUGAAAUUGAGCACUAUGGAGCAUCUUCUGAGAAUCUGCUCAGAUGGUCCGAAACCAGUGGACUUUGAUCCAUUACCUGCUGUAAUGAGAUGGAACAGCAGCAGUGUUUGUUCAAGGAGACCAGAUACGUCAUAA